CGGCGUUAUCUUAUUUUUUAGAAUUUGGAUUUCAAAAGGAAUCAUGGCUCAGUUUUCUCGCAUUCUUGCUGCCACCGUGCUUCUUAUGUUUGUUGUUGAGACUUACUGUUGGUCAUGUGGCGGAGUAGAAUACAGAUGUUGUGGAAAGAACUCUUACACCCCUUCCACUCACGUUUGCUGCUCUGGAAGCGUUUUUCGAAAGCCGUCUCAGUGCUGUGGUAGCAAGCCAUAUUACCCUUCCUAUCAGGACUGUUGCUAUGAACGUGUGGGAAUCGUCGUAAGAAACAAAGGCCGCUGCAAGGAAAGCGACAAGGAUGGGAACAUUUACUAAGAGAGAUGCUCUACAAAAUGCAGACGCACAAUAAUGAAGAAACGCCAAUGACUAGCUGCUAAGUGUUGUGGGUGGGGUUAGCUGACAAACUGCCAAUACUUAAGCUGAAAAGGAUGAAUAAAAAUCGCUUACCUGAAUAUGAA